AUGGUUAAUCUGUUUAAGUCGGAAAGUAAAAAACCCGAAGGUGUCGCAAAACCAGCUGAAUAAAAAAAAGAAGUUUAAUAAAAUACAUAACCUGAAACAUAAUAACCUUUAUAAGUAAAAUAAUAAUAGGCAUAAAUUUCUAGAGGAGAAAAUGCUAUAAAAGCUACUCAUCAAACAUAAACCACAUAAAAGUUUUAUGAGUUUUUUGUAAAAGCAACAACUGCAGCUUUAUAAUAAUAACCUAUUGUAAAUGCAGUUAUUGAUGGAAAAGAAAUAGUCUAUAAAAAUUAUAUUGAUAUUUCUGUAGCUGUUGCAACUCCAACAGGUUUAAUGGUCCCUGUACUUAGAAAUACAGAAACUAUGAAUUUCGUUUAAAUUGAAAAAGAAUUAAUUAGAUUAGGCAAUAAAGGAAAAGAAGGUAAAAUUUAAGUUGAAGAUAUGGCAGGAGGAACUUUCACUAUUUCUAAUGGAGGAGUUUUCGGAUCUUUAAUGGGAACUCCUAUUAUUAAUCCACCUUAAUCAGCUAUUUUGGGAAUGCAUUCUAUUGUAAAUCGUCCAAUAGUUAAAAAUGAUUAAAUUGUAGCAAGACCAAUGAUGUAUUUAGCUUUAACAUAUGAUCAUAGAUUAAUUGAUGGUAGAGAAGCUGUUACUUUUUUAAAAACUAUUAAGGAUGAAAUAGAAGAUCCAAGAAGAUUGUUAUUAGAUUUGUGA